AUGAUAAGCCAAAUAACUACAUUUUAAAACCUAAAACUAAAAGAGAAGCGGGAAAAGAAACAUAGUCACCAGAUUAGCACGUGUCAAGCUCAUAUUGGAUGGUUAGAGAAAUAAUUAUCAGAGGAAGAGAUAAACCAUAUGUGAAGGAGGUAACGUAAUGAAGGCGAGCGUAUAAGUUGAGUCGUUUUCUUCUCCUUUCUCGUCGUCACUCUCCUUACUUACCCGCUUCUUCUUCUCAGCUCGGAAGGCGAUUCAGCGAAACAGAGUCUCGCCGUUUUUCUCGAACUUGAAUCUUCUUCGGCUCUUCGGUGAACGAGAAGAUGAAGAUAUUUGUCAAAAAUCUGAAGGGUGCUCGCUUCGAGAUCCAAGUCAGUCCCGAGGAUUCGGUUGGUGAUGUGAAGAAGAACAUAGAGACCGUGAUGGGAGUUACUGCAUAUCCUGCUGCAGAACAAGUGCUUAUUCACAAAGGGAAAGUGCUUAAAGAUGAAACAACACUAGCAGCUAACAACGUUUCCGAGAAAAGCGUUAUUGGCGUUAUAAAGAAAAAACCUGCAUCUACUGUAACGUCCACUGCACCUGCUAGCCUUACUGCUCUGGUUCAUGCAGCGCAUCCUUCUUCAACUGCAGCUGAGACUCCUGUAACUCCUACUGAACCUGCUUGGGAUGCUGCAUCAAAUGGGAACUAUGAAAGUAUUUCAGAGAGUAACAUUCAGCAGAUUCUUGAGAUGGUCCGUGGAGCCUGGAGCCGUGAAGCGGUUGCCUAUGCACUCUGUUUGGCAUAUGAUGACCUUAAUAAAGCUUUGGAAUAUAUUUACUUUGGGAUCCCGGUGAAGAGUGAAGAUCAUUACACAACGGAGGGCACACAGGAGCAAACUCAAGAACCUGAAGAAACAGACCUGGAAUGGUCACUUGAUUCCUUGCGCCACACUCCAGAGUUUGAGCAUCUACGACCUCUGGUGCAGUCAGAUCCUAGUCUCCUAAUGGAUUUUUUACUGAUGCUAAAGGAACAAAAUCCGCCAUUCUUUCGGUUGAUUCAAGACAACAAAGCAGACUUCUUACGCUUAUUAUUGGAGCAGCCUCAGGAACCAAACAACGGAGGAGAUGGUGGCAACCAAGUGGGAGAUUCUGAAGAAACCCAAGUUGUGCAGCCUCCUAAGGAGCUCCAAGCAGACCAAACCAAUGAACCAAACAACGGAGGAGGAGAUGGUGGCAACCAAGUAGGAGAGUCUAAAGAAACCAAAGUUGAAGUCGCCACCCCUGAGGAUUAUGAAUUAAUCGAACGGCUGGAAGCAUUGGGAUUUGAGAGAGGUGAUGCGGCGGUGGCGUACUUCGCUUGCAACAGGAACGUCCAAGUGGCUGCUAACCAUCUUCUCGGUUACAAGCAAUAGUCUCGACGAGAAUAACACCACUAAACCAAACUAUCUCUCACUAUGAGUUUCUUUCUUGGCUUGUAGUGGUUAUCUAUUUUCUAUCGAGAACUAAAUGUCUUCGUUUGCAACGUAGUCUUUUUUGCAACGUAGUUUCUUUUGCUCUAGUUACACACAGUUGGGGUGAUUGAUUGAUGUGUAUACUACCUUUCCUUACCAAAAAAAAAUCAUUUCCAAAAACACUACAAUUUAGUGUGAUUAUUUGCAGCUUUCAUAUGACCUUGUACUGACUAAGGAAACAAAAAAGGAAUAAAUAAUUGUUUAGUUGUUUAUUAUCUCCAUCUAAAAACAGUACCAUUGAAUAAUUAUCUUUUUCGGGAGGGGGGCUGUAAUUAGUCUACCUUUUGGCUCUGAAACAAAGCACUUUCUGAAUAUAUAUUUUUCCAGUGAGACCAUAUUUUUGGGAAAGGCUCUUUCUACGAAGCUAACGAUGGGAGGAAGAAUACGAGAAGUAAAUAUUCUUUGAUAUCGAAAAAAUCCAUUUGGUGCCUUCAAAGUUCAAAGAGAAUAUAAGAAAAGCUACGAAUAUUACGAAGAUAAAACUAAGACAAAAGUAACUUUCUCCAACAGAUUUCUCACACGGUUUGUAAUGAUGCUUUUAGCUACUCAGGGAAAGCAUGAUCAAAGCUAUAUUAACCAACACUCAAAUUACAGUCGAGUUAUGUACGUGUGAAUUAAUACUUAAUUAUUAGAAAAAAUCAUGGAACUUCAUGCCGUCGUAACUUGUAACUUGCAAGUUUAAUGUUAAAAUCUGCUACGAUAACAUUUUACCAAUGGAAAAAACUAAAAACAAUUACAAAAAAUGUAAUAGAAUAUUCGAGGGGAGGAAUAUAUCAUAAGAAUUUUAGAAGAUUUGUGAAUUGUACUUGCCCAUGGAAUCUUUGCCGACUUGAUGUUCUUUUGACUUCUCUACUUCUGUUUAGUCCUCUAUGAAAAAUAAAGAAAAAAAGACUUUCACACUGUUAUUGAUUAUUAUGCAUGCAUAUAAAUUACUAGUUAUAUGAUAUAAUAUAACAUAUGUUUUAUUUUCUAGUUAAUAUAUGAAAGAUGAGCCGGAAUAACGAACUAUUCAUCUCCAAAAUAGUUAAAAGCGAUUUAUUUGCCCUAAACACUUAAAAUGGAGAUUCUAAUAAGAAAACCUAUUUUCACAAAUGAAAGAAGAUUACACUUAUGAGAAUGAUAUAUUUUCUGUUUUAUACCCACUAGUCUAUCGUUAUUGGAUAAUUAUGUAGAUAAAUACAUAAGAAUUAGCAUUUUUCGAAAAGG